GUUCGCGAGUAUCGGCAAUUUCGAUAUUCGCUAUUUGCCAAUAAAAAGGAUAAAGUAACAUCUAUUUUUUUUUUUAUUGUAUCUCUGCAACCAUCGCGAUCAAAUAUGUUGUGUGCGUAGCUAUAGCGUUUGCGAAACGCGGAGAACAGACGAGCUUCUCCCAGUCGCGAAUUUAUCCACGGGCGAACUCAUUCAUCUGGUCGGGUUCAUUCCGAGCGAUCAGUUAUCGAUCGCGCAAUUAGCAUUACCGGAUUUUUUUUUGAAUCGGGAAAGAGCUUAAAAACCGUCAUCGUUAGCCACGUCUUUUCGCGGCCUAUCGUACGGUGCGCGCAAUUUUUUUUUUUUUUAAAUUCUAUCGGGAUGUCAAUCGGACUAAGAGAGGAGAAUCAUUAAAAAAAACUAGAUCCAGGGAAAAACGAAGCGUACGGGUCGUUUGACAAAUCACGAGGCGGCUCUUGGAUAUACCAACGUGGGAGGCGCACCGCGGGAGGAAACGAGGCGGGGGGGAGGAUGAUGUUUUUUUCCUCGGCGGCGCCUCUUUAAUUUGCCCUCCAAUUAACGGACGGGGUCCUAUUUGAAAAAUACCUGCCACGAGAGCUGGCAAUUAUACUUCUUCCUUUUUUUUGCGUCACGAGCGCGUUAUUAGCGCUAUCCGUCCAACCCCGCUUCUCCUCCCGUCCCUUACGUCUCUCUUUCUCUUCUUCGUAUCUCGUUUGCUCUUUCCUUUCGUCCACCUCUCGCACCCCCUCGCCUAUCUCCUCAUCCAUUUUGUCUUAGUGCAUGUGUAUGAACGUGAGAGGGGGUGGGCGCGAGUGGGCGAGCGUAUCCGCGCGAUUGUAUGCGUUUUACGUGUAUUGCGGAGCACGCGGCUGAAGUGAUGCGGCGAUGGGGAUGAGGCAGAGGCGAAAGGAGGAAGAGGAUGGAGCGAGAUAACGAGAUAGAGAAGGACAAACGGCGCCGUAGCUGAGAUCACGAUGACUAUGGACGUGAGCAAAUCCGAGACGAAUAAAAAUGGUUCGACGCAGCAGGAGUGCGCCGGCUGCGGGAAGACAAUUACGGAGAGGUACCUCCUCAAGGCCCUGGACCUCUACUGGCACGAGGACUGUCUCAAGUGCGGAUGCUGCGACUGUAGGUUAGGCGAAGUUGGCUCUACCCUCUACACCAAAGCUAAUCUUAUCCUCUGUAAGAGGGACUACCUCAGGCUCUUCGGGAACACGGGAUGCUGCGCGGCAUGUAAUAAGCAAAUACCGGCGUUCGAGAUGGUCAUGAGGGCCAGAACGAACGUCUAUCAUCUCGACUGUUUCGCCUGCCAGCAGUGCACUCAUCGGUUUUGCGUGGGCGAUCGGUUUUACUUGUGCGAGAACAAGAUUCUCUGCGAGUACGAUUACGAGGAGAGGCUAGCGUUCGCUAAUAUGGCGUUGCAGUCACCCGCCUCAUUAGCAUACAUCAAACGACAACUCCCUCCCACACCGACGCCCCCGGGCCAGAAUAUGCAUCCGGGACACAAUUCGCUCCAAGCUCAUCAAGGUCUGGGGCAGUCGGUGGCCCAGCACAAUCACGUGCCCAACGGUCAAAUGUCAGGCGGCACGCCGACGGUGAACGGGACGGCUAUCGGAGUCGGCGGACCGAGGGCGCCUGGUGAUAUGAACAACAACGGCCUGUCCGGGCCCGCCCUCGGCCCCGUGAAGCCACCCCCGAUGUCCAUGCAGGCGCCAACCAGCUGAAACGAGGCUUCGCCGCCCUUGAAGAAGCUCAGGUGUCUCAGCGGUUAUUAAAGCCGAUGGAAGUUUUCCUCGCUGGACUGUAAUCGUGGAUUUCGAGCAGCGGGAAGAAGAGAGAAAGGUAUACAUUGCGUAGAGAAUAACGAGAUGGACGAAGAAAGGUUUGAAAUAAAGAACUGAUAUAUAGCGAGCGGGGGAAGGGGAAGAAGUGUCAAGUGUGCGAAGAUUCGGGCGAACUUCGAAUUCGAGGCUUCAUUCGAAGACAGAGUGAUAAGUCUGGAGAUUGAAAUCACUGUGAUCGUGGAAAAUGGACACAAAUUUAACGGAAGAUAAUGUUAAUACAGCGUAGGACGCGCGCGUGGCGCGAGCUGGAGCUCGAGACACACCAUAUUUACCGCAGAUACACAGAUACAUACAGAUACAUACACCGAUACAUAAGCGCGCGCGCGCGCGCGCGCACACACACACACACACACACACACACACACACACACACACGCAUACGCACGCACACUUCUCCUGGGCAACGCAAACGUAUAAAUGACGUCGUAAAAUUCCCCAGAUGUCUUUCAGGCGUCUCUCAGAUUUUUGCAUUGUUUGCCGAUGCACGUACGCGUCUUGUAAGAUACGAUAAAACACUCGACACACGUAAGAAUAAAUUAGAUAAUUCGUGUAAGAUAUAUUUCUCUAGCAGAUGGGAGUGAAUGUGAAAAUUGCGUGUAUGCAUGCAUGUAUGUGUGUAUGUGUGUGCGUGCGUGCGUGCGUACGUGUGUGCGUGUGCGAACGGCGGAGUCGCCUGUAAAUAUAUCUGUGUCGUAUUCGACUCCGCGAGAACGAGAGAGGAUGGAACAAUUACAGUAUACGCAGGCCCACCGAAAUGACUCUUGUCCCUUGCUCGUGAUACCGCCGUCGUCCAUGCGAAAGGACGUAAAAGCGUCGGAUUCCGGAAUAUCUUAGCGAGAGCGAAGGGAAUGUGAGGGGUUCUGUAACACGUGCCAUAAUCCCGCGAUCUCUCAUUUUACAGCUUGCCGAAAGCGCGAAAGCCACGAAGGAGAGUGGAGGUGAAACGACAGUCUUCUCAUAUUUCGGAUUCGAAAAAAAGAAAAUCGGGAGCGUGACGUCCCAACUCCCUUCGGACAUUCGUUUCCAAAAUUAAUAUUAAAUUUUUAAUUUCU